GCUCAUCGAUUUCUGCAAAUCCACAAACAGUUCAUAGAGACAUGAAAACUAAGUGACUCAUCACCAUUUUAGGAUAUCACCUGCCUGCUGGGAGACAGCGGCAGUAUGGCGCUCUCGCUCUAAGUCGUUAAAUCGUAGCGACUGCGCGCAGCGUCGUGCGCUGAAGGUGAGUUGCUGCUGCACCAAGGACAUUUUCUUUGCCGUCAAUCACGACGCAGACGACUCCUCGCAAUUAAGCUAGCGCUUGGGAUACUCGUUCUAAGCCAGAAAAGAAGACGGCAGGAUGGAAAACCUCAAGGAUCACAUCAGUCAUAUACCGCAGGUCGUCACGCAGCAUGGCCUCUUUCUCUCGUCAAAAGAUGCACCGGUAAUUUUUUCGUCUUCCAUCAAAAGUAGAUGCAUCAGUACGUAGUAGUAGUACGCUUAUCAAUACUUCUUACAUUAUCAACGCUACCGAAUAGAUUCAAAUCAUGAUCAAUCAUCAUAAACGAUCCAUAGCCGAAAACCAAGAUAUCGUCCACACCAAUAUGUACGAUGUAAUAAACCAGCAUCGCUUAAUAUAACGUCCUUGUCAACAGGUCAUCGCGGCUAAGCCGGGGCAGAGCCUCUACGACAGAGAAGGCUUCUACACGUCAGAAGUGAAGAGGGCGAAGUAUAAUAAUUUACAAAGUGCACUUAGACUUAUAAGUAAAAACAUUUGGUUAACAAGUAGUUUUUCCCUCGUAAUAAGCCUGAGACUUCCCUUUAUGAGUUCCUACUUGAUUAUGCUGUUGCUGGAGUAUGAGUAUGUAUUGUAUUUCUAUAUUGAAUCAAUAGUUCGAUGACAUUGGUGACAUCUAUCUAAAGGACACCCACUGCUCAUUGCAUGCCCGCUUUCGCAAACAUAAUUGAAUUCAGUGUUUUCGAUAAAUCCAAUGUAGGAACAACUAUAUCCAAGAGACGCAGCGGGCACAGUCAGAGUAUCAGGAGCAAAUCGGAAUAACAACACAUGUCAAAGAUUAUACCUACCAAGGCUCGAGGAGAAUGCCUCUCAUCCCAGCGGCGCUUGCGGUAUUUUCUGUCGGACAUACUUAGCAACUAGACUCAUGUAGAGAACAUCAAAACUAUAGAAGCUGCUUCAUUACAUUGCCCGUGUAGCUCCGUGUCCGUGCACGCUGGUCUUACAUAUGUACACUAUCAUGUAUAGAUUUUCUUGCUCUCUUCACACUCACCAGAUCCAUAAAAAGCGACCAGGGGAGGGGGACGCAAAGCCGAAAGGACCUGAAUUCGAGCCAGAAUGGCAGGAAAAGCUUGAUGCAACCCUCACGAAAGUACUUUGUUCGAUGAAAAGAUUAUUAAAUGACUAUCCAGGAAAGGUUCUGAUUCCUCUGUAACAAAAACAAGUGUAAACGUGGAUCGGAAACUACCUGUUACACUACAUACAUUUUAGGUACCAACAAGUCCGACUGCAGGCUCCAGCGGGUCAAAGGGUCCACGAAAUACCGGCGCCGCAAUAUGGUCAUCGACAUAUCGAGAGACGCACACGAAGUGCGAUGAUGCCGUACUAUUAUGAUUUGCUAGUUCGUUGUAAUAUAAUGCUCAUGUUAGUUUUGCUGGACUUACCUCUAGUGUUAAGUACAAGUACCGCUGUUUGCAGGGUUUGACAGUUGAAAUCCCAUUAGAAGAAUGCCAAUAGCAAUAUGUCAAGAACAAGAUCACUUCGUGACACAAAUUCGCGACCUUCCAACCAGAUACGAGCAGAGUGUAAGAACUAUGUUAGGCUUCGUGGGCCAAAGUUUGCCGUAGCACAUCCGCCUCAGUGUUUAGGAGAAGAACCGUACACGAGCCAGUAUUCCUCGGAUUACGGGUACGCACCGUUCCAUUUUCGAGAUGAUGCAGCACGACUGAUGGCGUGUCGUGAUUUUUGUUUAGCACGACUCCUGCAGUGGAUGAUCUCACUUGUCGUUCUUUUUUUAGAAGGUCAUCCGACAUCCACAAUAUUCUUUACCAGUCAGGUCACUCAUUUUCACCACAGCAUCGCGGGAUCAGUGCCUACCGAGAAGCUAGUCAUUGCGUCGUAUACCUACGAUGGUCGAAUCCAGCCAAAAGAGGACGGGUUUACGCGCAUAGUAGACGAAAGGGCUAUCCGUGAAAAGACACUGAUGGAAAAAGUUGGAGAUAUAGCGAAAGACGGUAGGUCAGGUGAAGCACCAGGUAUUUCAAGUUGAAAAAGUUUUUUGCAGGGAAGCAAGUACAACUAAAACAACAAGCUAUUGAGGUAACUCAAUCCUUAUUGAGAGGCGAUUUUUCUUGUGAAUGUAUCACAAAUUGCUUGGAUUUCACUCUGCUUGUUGCUCUUCUCACUCAUCAGAACUUCCACGGGAGGCGAUAACGAAGUUCGUGACGGUGAAGCAUGAGCUGACGAAGGGAACGACUCGAGGCACCUCCCAUAUUCCCGGUUAUCAGGGAUAUAUACCCGUCAACACUAGUAAUCGGAACUGCGCGAAAAUAGAAUGCGGCAUCGGAGAGCGGGAGAAAUGGUAAUGAUGAAAUACGGCGCUACUCGGGUUGCUCAAUGGUUGCGACGAGUCGAGCUCUUACUUCACAAAGAAAUAGAUAAUCCUUCACUAAAUGAAUGAUCCUCCCCUGCUGCCAAACUCCAAUUCUUUUUUCAGGUUCAAUCUUGCGGAGCAGUACCACUUGAAUAUACCGGGUUACACAGGCCAUUUGCCUUACUCCUCGAUCAAUGACCGCGGCACGCGACAGGUGAACUCCAUGUCAACCUACAAUCGCGACUACGCGCGCACGGCCGGGCUCGUCAUUGCAAACUCGAAGUAG